UGUGUGUGUGUGUGUGUGUGUGUGUGUGAGACGCUUCAGGUGGUUCUUUAGCAUUAUCCACAAUAGACAUGGACGCACCAUUUGAAACGCAUUCGUUUACAUAUUGAUUACCUUCAUCCACUUUUGUGCGGAUUUCAAUGCUGUAUUUUUAUGGAGACCUGGCAACCGUGCCCCCAUCCUCCUUUUCUACGAAUCUACAAAAGCUACUGAUUUCGAACGACAGAACAGUUCUGUGCUUCUAUUUCUCACGGUGAAAUUGUCCACAAUCCUUUACCCGGAGGUACGGGUCGGAACUGUUUUGUCCAAAGGUAGAGUUGCAGUAAGUGUUUUUUCCGGUGGCACGGAACGAUGACAGUUCUUUGGUGCGCGGAGUAGCCAACGCAUUGUAGUUUCUGGUAACUGGUAACUUGGCUAGCUAUAACGUUAUUUAAUCUAUUUAUAAGCUUUUCGCAAUGCGUCAAAUUAGCAAAAGAUUGCUUAUAUUCCUUUCGAUAUCGAUUGGUUUUGUGAGUGCUAUCGAGCCCAUCUCAACUACGUUUGUUGUGGGAGUAGGUGCUUUUUUGGGAAAGAGAGUGUACAACUAUUUUCAUGAAACUUGUGAUGACAGUUGGAUUGUGUACAACUCAACGAGUUUGGAAAUCGACCUGAAGAGGAAGCUAUUCGGUCAACAUGUUGCGUCGCGCGUUAUCAUGAAAGCAGUGACUGGAUUCAUCAAUAACAAGAACCCAAAGAAGCCCUUGGUUCUCUCCCUCCAUGGAUGGACAGGGACAGGGAAGAACUUUGUCAGUCAACUAAUAGUUGAAAAUAUCUACAACAAAGGAAUGACCAGCAACUAUGUUCAUCAGUUUGUGGCUACCAAACAUUUUCCCCACUUAAGUCACAUUGACACCUACAAAGCCGAGCUGCAGCAGUGGAUCAAAGGGAACGUCACCAUUUGCCCUCGCUCCAUGUUCAUCUUUGACGAAAUGGACAAGAUGCAUGCUGGGCUCAUCGAUAGCAUCAAACCGUAUCUGGAUUACUACGACAACUUGGAAGGAGUCUCCUAUCGCCAAGCCAUUUUCAUCUUCCUCAGUAAUGCAGGGGGUGAGAAAAUCACACGGAUUGUUCUGGAUUUCUGGAGAGCGGGCAGAGCACGCGAGGAGGUACAGCUGAAGGACCUCGAGUCAGCACUGUCCCUCGAUGUCUUCAACAACAAGCAGAGCGGAUUCUGGCACACCAGUCUGAUCGACAAGAACCUUGUGGACUUCUUCGUCCCCUUCCUGCCUCUGGAGUAUAGCCACGUUCGGAUGUGUGCUCUGGCGGAGAUGGAAGCUCGAGAGUUAACGCCGAACGUGGAGAUCGCAGAACAAGUAGCCACUGAGAUGACCUAUUUCCCCAAGGAGGAGAAGGUCUUCUCUGUGAAGGGCUGCAAAACUAUUGGGAGCAAGCUGGACUACUACAUUUAGAGGUGGUGGUGCUACAAAACAAAUAUUUAUACCUCUGCGCCUAAGAACUGUAUGCCGGGCCCUCUUGGCCAGAGUUCCAGCAGCUGAACAACCAAGAAAGCCGGGAAGUCAAGCCACUGAACUAUCCAGGGUAUUUCCCUGUCUCAUUGUGCUCAUUGAGAGGCCAUCAAGCCCUGCCUCCAGUGCAGUUCUUUGAAGAUGAAUGAUGAAAAUAAGCUGCUGUGUGAUGGGAAAUGGCCACAUUUUUUACAAUCUUCAGCUGUUGAAUAUUAGUGAGAAAUAUCAGUGUUUCUCAGUCUUGUUGAAUAUAAAGUGAACCGAAUAAUGUAAGAAUGAUAACAUUCAUGCUUAAUACAGGCUUACACAUGGUGAACUGGCCAGUUAAAAAAGCAGCAAGCUUCUCCUUUCAUGAAACUCGCCAUAGGUUUCUGAAUAUUGGUUAUGUAACUGGACUUGUGUCUUCCAUUCUUGUGUCUUGAAAUGUGUAAGGGGUAGCUUCCCAAACUAAAGUUUUUAAUAAUGCUGUAGUUACAUUAUCCAGCACUUUUCACUCCUCAGUCUUACACCCAAAACAAGAAGCCACCGUCGUAUUAAAAUGUCAGUGAAAACACACACUUGUGUGUCUAAUGACAUACUGAGUUGCCUAAGGAGUAACUAUAGCAACAAAGCUCACUACAAUUUUUAUUUUAGCAGAGUAGUUUACGUCAUUUGUUUGCUACGUGCCUUUUAUGUUUUGUGUUUAGUAACCAUUCACUCAAAGUGAUUUUCCUGCCGCUAAAGCACAUUUUCUUUGUCCUUUGAAUGAAUGUAGAAUUCAAUGAAUUUUCCUAUUCUCAAUGUACAGAAUCUUAAUUCAGUUGAUCUGAUCAGAGAUGGAAUGACUGUGAAUUAAUGUUUAGGACCUUUUCUUGAUUAAAAACCAUUUCAUAACAAAAAUUGA